AUGAACCUGCAAGGCCCAGGUGGAAGGAAUUUAACGGGGUCAGUUAAUGACAAGCGUAUCUGCGUUCCACAAAAAAUUGACCCAAAAACAUUCUUCGCCAAUGAGAGAACGUUCCUCAAGUGGCUCUCUAUUUCCGUUAUGAUUGGACUGAUGUCCUUGACGUUACUGAACUUUGGCGACACAUCGAGUACUGCCGCCGAGCUCGCCGGUUUGGUUCUAUUACCUGUAUCUAUUAUCUUUAUGGUAUACUCCUUAAUUGUUUUCAGGGAUCGUGCCAACAAAAUAUACAUGCGAGAACCUAUGCGGUACGACGAUACUCGUGGUCCCACGAUGCUUGUACUUGUUCUUGGUGCUGCGAUGGUCAUUGCAACUAUAUUUUCAAUUCAGCGGCAGUACUACAAAGCGAUUACGCCCACACUUCGUGGAGGAGCAAGUUUUGCUUAA